AUGUCUGCCCCUGCCCCCGAGUAUCUGCGAUUCAAAUCUCACAAGUCCCUCACACAUCGACUCGUUCUCUCAACUCUGACCGGUCGCCCAGUUGCCAUCUCCAAUAUUCGCUCCUCAUCGCCUACGAACCCAGGUCUUGCGCCUCACGAGGUAUCUUUCCUCCGCCUCCUCGAUAGUAUCACCAAUGGCACGACCAUGCAAAUCUCGUACACCGGUACGAAACUCAUUUACAACCCCGGUCUCAUAACCGGCAGCGUCUCGACAGGCGGCUCCGACGUCGUGAGAUGCGUACUGCCGGAUACUUGCCAGAGGGGCGUCAGUUGGUUUUUACUACCGCUGUGCAUGCUAGCCCCGUUCUCAAAGGCGCCGAUAAACGUGAAAUUCGAAGGCGAGGGCGUCAUCACCAGUGCGACGGAGACGGGAGACGUGAGCGUCGACACGUUCCGGACUGCCAUCCUGCCGCUCUACGAGAGCUUCGGGAUCAUGUCCGCCAAACUCGAUCUGCGCGUCACUCAGCGCUCGUGUACCGGUGCGGGCGGCAAGGGCGGAGGGGGGAUCGUGGAGUUGCGCUUCGGGAGCCAGUUCCGGCUCCCCAAGACGCUGCACAUGAACCGGAGCCCGGGGCGGGUGAAGCGGGUACGCGGCGUGGCGUACAGUACGGGCGUGUCGGCCAGCAACAACGCGCGGAUGAUACAUGCGGCCAGGGGGGUGCUGAAUACCCUGGUCAGCGAUAUCCAGAUCGCGGCGCAGUACGACCAGGCGCCGCUGGUGUCGGCGGGGGAUCGCGCGAAUCCGGGCGGGAAGAAGAGGACGGGGAUUGGGUUUGGGUUGAGUCUGGUUGCGAGUACGAGUUCGCAGGGCGUGAUAUACUCGGCGGACGUGCCGGCGCCGAGUGAGGGGGGGGUGACGCCGGAGGAUGUGGGAAAGCAGUGUGCGUAUCAGUUGUUGGAGGUCAUAUCGCAGGGCGGCUGUAUAACGAGGGCUGCGGCGCCAACGGUCUUGACUCUGAUGGCAAUGGGGUCAGAGGAUGUGGGGAGAGUACGGUUAGGGAGAGAUGUGGUUGGAACGGAGGAGUUUAUUGGUCUGGGUAGGGAUUUGAAAAGGUUUGGAGCGAGCAGUUGGGGAUUGAGAGAUGCUGAUGAGGAUGAGAGCGACGAUAUCAUAGUCAGUGUGAAGGGCGCUGGUGUUGGGAACGUUGGCAGGAAGAUAGCAUAA